CAGCCACGCAGACUACAAGGCUUCUUGCAUAUUUCAAAAAGAAAAAGAAAAAAAGAUCUAAAUUAUAAAGAUUAUGCUUGCACUAUCGGGAUGCUGUUCCUGGGCUGCUGCUGCCCUCCUGCUACUCUUUGGAGCCCAGGCUUUCCCUAUCGGAGAUUCUUCCGGAGAAGAGGAAUUUGGCGAAGAUCCCUCCUCCAGAACUUCGGCAGCCGGGCGCGUCCAAGUGAACAUUCCGACAGAGUUGGCUCUUUGGCUACAAGGUACUGCAGCGACGUGGAAUCAAGAGCUGUGUAAGGAGCAAAAUGCAUGUAAAGGUACAAUGGACAUUAUGGCACAAAAUAAUCUCAACCUUCCAAAGAUAAUUAAAGAAGAUGGAUGCUACCAGCCUGGAUUCCAAAAGGAAAGUUGUUUAAGAAAACUUUCAAGUGGCCUCUACGCAUUCAGAACAUUCUUGGAAUAUAUAGAAGAAACUACACAAAGAAGUGUUUCUGUAUCACUAGGCGCACAGAACCUGGCAGAAACCUUGAAGUCAAUGAUGAACAAUCCUGAGACUGUGAGCAUGCCAUCUCCUGACACUCAGAAAACUCUUGCUGCAAAGUUAAGAGAACAGAGAGCUUGGAAUAUGAUAGUGAUCAAGCACUUUAUUCUUCAAGAUUUUACUUUAUUUAUGGAGACCACUUCAAGAGUUAUUCGCCUUCUAUAACGAGUUAACUGUAAUGCCUGAAUGCUUUAAAUCAGGCAUAUCAAAUAUCCACAUCUGAAACAGAUGUAAUGGUUGUUCUCCUGAGAGAAUUUUUUUUACUUAUUUAUAGUAUUGAUAUAACUUAUUUAUGGUAUUUAAUAUAUUUAUUACAUAUUUUAAUAAUUUUACUUCAACUUAAUUUAACUUUAUUAAAUAAUGUAUAAUUAUAUUUUUAUGAAAAUUUAAUAUAUUAAAAUAUAUUUUAAAAGAAAAAAAAUCCUGCAAGUUUAUAAUGGAAGCAAACUUCAUCUCCAUGCACAGCAACUAUAUUACAGACUUAUUACAUUUCUACUUUGAAAUUCUAAAUAUUAAGUCCUUUAUUCAACACUGUCUUCCAAAAAUGACAUUCAAAGGGAAAACUUGUAGUCACCAACGAUCUAAGAUAAAUAAUUUUUGCCAUACCUGUUUUCAUUCAACCAUCCUGAAACUAUUUAAAUAGAUAUUUCAGAUUUCAUAGAACGACAGAGUUGAUUGAUAGCAACAUAUUAUCUGUCUUGAUAACUGUUUCCACUUUGAAAUUACACUUUUUUGUCUUAUAACAUUCUAUCAGAAUCUACCUUCCUAUAAUUUAAAUCCAUUGUCCCAAAUACUAUAUUCUAGAAGGGAAAAGGCUAGUCCUGAUCUUUUCCUAUGUGACAUCCUAUCAAUUUAAAGACUACUAUUAUAUCCCAUCAUCCUAAUAUCCUUUCUCAUAAUCUUUUUUCAUAGAUUUUAAUUUCUAGUCCCCUGCUCCAUUACUAUUCACAGAACAUGUUCCAAGACUGAAUCUGCCUCAGGAUGUACUGCUCAGUACUGAACAUAAGACUAUUCUGUCCAAUACAAAAUAAAAUGGAAUAAUUACUUCUUGCAACCAACAAUUAUAUUUCUAUUAAUGCAGAAUAAAAUUACCCUUUUUUGCAGCCACAUUUCUGCUCAUAAACCAAUUUAUUGGGGCCAGAAUAGCUCAGGCUGUUAGAGCCUGUUAUUAGAACACAGUAGCCUGCAAUUACUGCAGGUUCAAGCCCGGCCCAAGGUUGACUCAGCCUUCCAUCCUUUAUAAGGUGGGUAAAAUGAGGACCCAGAUUGUUGGGGGGGCAAUAAGUUGACUUUGUAAAAAUAUACAAAUAGAAUGAGACUAUUGCCUUAUAUACUGUAAGCCGCCCUGAGUCUUCAGAGAAGGGCGGGAUAUAAAUGUAAACAAAAAAAAAAAUUACUAUCCACUUAUCUGGCUUAAGCUUUUGUUAUUAUUAGCUAAUUUCUACAAGACCUUUGGGCCUCUUGUCUACUGUCAACUUCAGUACUAGUUACUGCAUCCUCGCUAGGCACCAAAUGUGGAGAUCAACAUGCUAGAUAUUUCUUUGUGACCUGCCAUUAUUUUUAAUUUAUCAGGGUGGCCCUCUUUCCAUUAAAUUGUUCAGGCCUGGCCUGCACUAAUGCUAUGCAGGCAGAAAGAUCAGGAAAAAAAUAGCUUUUCUUGCAAUUUAAUUAUUUAGACUUAUGCCAUAUCUUCCAAUAUUCCAGAAAAUCAAAUUUCUUUUGACCUUUUAGACAGUUAAUAAUUGUGCCAAGGAUUCUGUUAGGAUUGUCAAAUGAAUUCAGUGGACUUAUUAACAUUACUGAAAUCAAUUACAUAAGUUAUAUAAUAUCGGGACUGUAUAUGAGGGGUUGGUGAACUGACUGAAUCAUGGCGGUUUUAUCCAUCUACUGCCUAAGAACUAUUCCUCAACUGUUGCUCACCCGGAUUUGCUGGUGUUGUCAGUUACCAUCUUGACUGGUCCAGGAUGGGCCUGCUUGCCGGACUCUUACUAUGCGGACAUUCACAGCGGCUGACCUUCUUGUCCUGCGUGAUUAACCUCUCUCGCAGGUUUGGCCCCCCACACUGA